GCUUAAUCUUCCCUUACAUGUUUGUCUAACCAUCACAGCUUUUAGCAAGCCACAUGACAAUGUGAGAUAUGUCAUUUUAAGCGGAGAUGACAUCUUAUGAUGGAUAAAUCGGUGGUCGAUGUCGCCACUUCUGCGGCUCCUGAUCUUGGGAAAAUUAAACCAAGACAUAACCGACAAACUUCAGAUGUGACCAUACCAAUUCAUACCGAUAGUAUGUAUUCGGCUACAAGCAAAUCUACCAUGUCGUUUUGUCACCGAUGUUGUUUGUGUUGCAGGCAAACAAUGUGGUCAAACAAAUUUUGGAUGGUAUUCACGGCAUCCACCUGGGGUUUUUUAUCUAAUGUUGAACGUGCUGUGAUACUACCUACUCUUUGGCUAUAUCUCAAAGAAUAUUGGGGGACAGACGUUGCUAAUACUCAUUAUGGAACUACUGUUGCGGCAUUCAGUCUAUCUAUUCUUGUUAUGACCCCUAUAUACGGUCUUGCUUCUUAUUCUGGUGUUCGAGUAAAAACACUUUUAUUGAUCGCCAAUCUUCUGGAAAUCAUUGGCAAUCUUAUUUACUUGUUUGCUCCUGUCCCUUCGGCAGUUAUACUGGGAAGGCUGAUUUCUGGAAUUGGAGCUAGUUGUGAGCCUCCACUUUAUGCUGACAUCGUAAGAGCUACAAACAGAGAUGAACGUACUACAUACAUUAUUGUCUUACUACUUACUCGUCAAAUUGGUCUCAUUUUCGGUCCUUCGUUUACACUGAUGAUGGCUAAAAUGAAUUAUCAUGUCGCUAAUUUCACACUCAACGUCUACAAUGGCCCUGGACUCCUGAUGGCAAUAUUAUGGCUUUUACACUCAUUCGUUAUAUUUUUUUCAUAUCCCAAUGUCGAUAAGAAUGGUAGAGUUAUUUAUAAUGAUGGUCAGCGAUCCUGUUGCAACCGAGAAAAUUGGAUGCAGUCUACUGAACAAAUGAAGGAGGAUUCUAGACCAAUGCUCAGUGAUUCUACUGAUUCGUUAAACUCUGGUCGGUUUAGUACUACUGUUAUAAACAAUUCUUUACGACCAUAUCUACAAUUUAAUAUAAUUGCUCUAUACUGUGUGAAUUUUGCAGCAUACUUCAGUUUUAUGAGCUUAGAAGCAGCGCUACCACCAAUAGCCAACCGUAUAUUUAAAUGGACCGAAGUAGAAACAAGUUAUGUAUAUCUUGCUGCAAGCAUUCUGGUUAUCUUCGUGGUGAUAAUAUUGCGCAUUCUGAAUCAAUUUUACACAGAUCGUGUCUUACUAUUAGCAGGUCUUGUUACUAUGCUGAUUUCCUACUUGUGGUUGACAGUCGGGGCAUAUCUGCUUCCUCAAAUCCCUGUGCAAAUCGGUAUUCCUGUGGCGCUCACAGGUAUAGCAAUACACGUAAUUGGGAUUCCUUUCACAUAUGCUUAUUCCGAAUCCUUGUACACAAAACUUGCUCCAGUUUCUGAUAUGGACCGAGCUCAAUCUAUUUUCCGUACUGUCAUAAAUAUAGCCUUUUUAAUUGGACCUUAUGUUGGAGGUUCUUUAAUUGGAUAUCCAACUUUAGUGUUCCUGUCUAUGUUCUUAUUAUCAAGCUUUCCGACAUUACUUGUUGCUUGUCGAUUUAAAGAUUUUAUUGUUAAUGACAGACCUAAUUCUCCAAGUGAAUUAGAGAUAGCAAAAGAAAGCUAGUGAUUCACGUGUGAGCAAUUUAUUCAUGUCUUUCGUUUUCAUUUCUAAAAUUACUGUAAAAACAUAAUUCUCCCAAUCACCAUACCGGAUAUAAUGUUCAAGGUUAUAAAUCAAGGUGAUAUCGAUCAUUUUAAUAAUUAUUAAGGAUUCUUUUACAGACUUUGUAAAUUAAUUAUCCUUUAUUAAUAUGAAUCAUAUAUUUUAUCUGU